AUGGCAAGUGUCGAAUACAUCUUCAAGACUAUCAAUUAUGGCACCGAAACGGUGAACCUGACAGCUACCGUGCACUUACCCAAAGACAUAACCUCAGUCAAAGCAAUUGCGCUAUACUUCCACGGCGGCGGCUACAUCGUCGGCAGCCGGGCAAUGCUACCUUCUCCACAUAUUGAAGCCCUAAACGAGAAAGGCUUCAUCGCUGUAUCUUCAGACUAUCGCUUGAGUCCUACCAUCUCCGUCCUAGAUGGUCCAGUAAGCGAUUCAGUAGCCGCAUAUGAAUGGGCAAAGAAUGAGCUUCCUACACUGCUGGAGAGAGACCAUGGUAUCCGAGUACACGGGAAGAACAUCGUCACACUCGGUCAUUCUUGUGGUGGAGGUCUUGCAUUGCUUAUGGCUUCCCGCCCUAAUCCACCAAAGGCUGUCCUCGAUAUCUUCGGGUUCAAAUAUCUCCUUGACCCCUUCUAUCACACCGGCACGAGCACUCGAUCCCAUUCUGAUGCACCCGCUCUGCCCUCGGCCGAAUUCAUCAACCAGGUCUUUAGCGAGAUCCCCCCGCCCACAGGAGCUCGUCCGCCAUUCGGACCAAAUGGACUCGAUCUGAGCACGCCGCGUCAAGCUUAUCUGAUCGCUUCUGUGAGUAAGGGCACCCAAUUCGACGCAAUUAUCGCCGAGGAUGAGUAUGACCACGUGGAUCCGAAGAAACUGUUUAAAAGUCCUGAUUUCCCGCCGACUUGUUUCGUCCAAGGAACGGCUGAUGUCGUUGUUGAUGCAAAAUUUUCUCAAUGGGCUUAUGCGGAGCUACAAAAGAACGGGGUGCAGAGUGAACUGUACCUUGUAGAGGGUAUGGCUCAUGGGUUUGAUGCUAGGUUGAAGCGUGGGGAUGCUGCUUUUGGGUCCAUCUAUAAAGGCGUGGAGUUUUUGGCGAAGCACGUUGUCGGUUGA